AUGGCUACACCCCCUCCCCGACAAUGGGGUGUGACGCCCUCGAUCACCUUCGCAUUGCCUACUGCGGACGAAAUGGCUGCUGAUGAUGAUCUCAUCGCAGCUCUCAAACUUCACAACAAUUUUGAACCACCGACAGAGACUGAGCGUAGAAAACAAAUGCUCUUACUACUGCAGCGCGUCACGGUCGAAUUUGUCAAAUCUGUUUGUCGCAAGAAGGGGCUGUCUCCUGCUGCCAUCGAGGCUGCUGGCGGAAAGGUCUUUGCUUACGGAAGUUAUCGCCUAGGUGUUUAUGGUCCAGGUUCCGAUAUUGAUACCCUGGUUGUUGGUCCGAAAUAUGUGCUAAUCGAUGAUUUCUUUUCCGACUUCCCACCCAUUCUUGAGAAGCUGGCCCCACCGGGGACCAUUGAAAAGAUGACGCCGGUGCCCGACGCGUAUGUUCCCAUCAUCAAGUUGGAGCUGGCUGGAAUCAGCAUCGAUUUGAUCUACGCUCGACUGUUGAUCUCUUCCGUUCCCAUGAAUAUUGAUUUGAAAAACAAUGACUACUUGAGAGGAUUGGAUGAGAAAGAAGUUAGAUCGCUUAAUGGAACUCGAGUCACAGAUGAAAUUCUUGCACUGGUUCCGCAGCAGAAGACAUUUCGCCUGGCUUUGCGUGCAGUCAAACUUUGGGCCCAACGUCGAGCAAUCUAUGCAAAUAUUGUCGGUUUCCCUGGAGGUGUCGCGUGGGCUAUGCUUGUGGCGAGAGUGUGCCAACUGUACCCCCAAGCCACAGGCGCUGUCAUUGUCAGCAAAUUCUUCACUAUCAUGAGGAAAUGGAAUUGGCCACAACCUGUAAUGCUCAAGGAGAUUGAAGAUGGACCUCUUCAAAUCAAAGUUUGGAACCCAUCGAUCUACCAUGGCGACCGAUUCCAUCUCAUGCCGAUUAUUACACCGGCCUAUCCCUCAAUGUGCGCGACACAUAACAUCUCCUUGUCCACCAAAGCCGUCCUCCUUCGGGAGCUUGGAAGAGGUGGGAUUCUCAUCAACGAGAUCUUUUUGAAGAAACGACCAUGGACUGACCUGUUCGUUCGGCAUAAUUUCUUCACGAAGGAUUACAAAUACUAUCUAUGUAUCACGGCCUCAAGCAAGACCAAAGAAGCAGAAGGAAUUUGGUCUGGUCUGGUCGAAUCGAAGUUGCGACACCUCGUCGGAGCCCUCGAUCGCAAAUCUAUCAUCGCCAUAGCGCAUCCAUUUCCGAAGGGCUUCGAGCGAAUUCAUCAUGUCCACAAUGACAAGGAGAUGGAUGCUGUGAAAGCUGGCUCCGUUUCUUACCGAGCUCAAGGUACUAAAACAGAGAUGACUGACGAGGUCAACAAUGCUGCACACCAAGCUGCUGCUGUGCACGGGGCAGAGAACGAGGCAGUCCCGGUUCCCGAUCAGAAAUUUGAGGAUGACAGCAUGACUGGUGUAGUCAAGGAUGCUACUCAAGAUGCAACUCCGAACGGAACGGCAAACUCGACAGAACAGAAAACCGAAGCCGACGGCAUGACUGUUUACACGACUUCUUACUACAUCGGCCUGGAGUUGAAGCCGCUGGAACCUGGUGCUUCGCGAUCUCUCGAUAUUUCCACCGAUUCCGAAGUUUUCAAGUCCAUGUGCACGUCAUGGCCCGGAUAUCAGUUCGAGGUGAUGGAUUUAGCCGUCACCCAUGUCCGCAACUUUGAUUUGCCAGACGACGUGUUUGAACCCGGUGAAACUUGCGCUCCCAAACCGAAGAAGAAAGCUAAGCCAGUCGGCCAAAAGCGCAAGAUAAAUGACUUGGAGGACAUCUCCCCCCAAGGCUCUGCCAAGCGACAAGGCCCCACAACCACCAUGUCCAACACCUCGACCCCAGUCUAG